UGAGGUUUUGUAGUUGGCCAUCUUACUUUUAAGUAAAGAAUCAAACAAUCGAACAUGCGCGUGAACAUAUCCGUUUAGUUACGUCAAAAAGGAAAAACAGAAGAAACGUGAUCGAUUCGAAGCGAAUAUACACAGAUCUGUGUAAAUUGUCCUUGUAUUAAACAAAUCCGAUCGAAAUUUGCCAGGCGAUGCUGUCGAUAAAUUCCUAAGUCACGCGAAGCUGUUAUUCCCUUUCGGACAAUUUGUAUCUAAAGAUGCUGUAGGAAACAGUUUCGAUUUCCGUAGAAAUAAGUCCUCCGGAUAAACAUGUCUUGUCGCGAAGAAAAAAGGCGCACCAGCACUCUGCCUCCACCGUGUUAUCAUUGCAAGCCUCCGCCGUUCUGUUGUCCGAAAUACGGCUGUCCACCUCCUCAGCAAUACCCACCUGCAAAAUGUCGUUGUCCUCGUCCGUGUCCACCUUUCAUAUGCAGACCACGUCCAGAACCACCACCGAAACCACCCGCGCUGUACGUCGUUGACUGCUUACCACCUCCUUGCCCAGAGCUACCUCAAUGUCCAGCACCAAAAAUAGAACCACCACCAUCCUGCGUACGAUACUGUAUUCGUUGCACAUGCGAUGGCUCGACUUAUUCUCCGCUUUAUUUCUCCGAUCUACCAAAGCGUGAAAUUUCUUCCUGUGCAAAGUGCUGCUGACUGUCGAGCUUAAAGAUCAUACUGUAUUUCGUAUUUUUAAUUCUUGUAUCGUAUAAAUUAUUAAAAAGCUGAGACCUUUCGAAUAGCGUGUCAU